CAGCAACAGCAACGGCAACAACUUUGCCACUAGUUCAAGUUCAAUGCAACAACAGCAGCAAAAGGACAUCAGCACGUGACGCAAAUGUGUAGCAAGCGUGCCACAGGAAGAGGGGCCAAGCAUAGUGGCUGUUAAUCUAGCAGAGCUCUGUUAACCAAAGUGGCAUACCACCAGCCGAGUGCCACCGACUCGGGCGGCUUUCGCUGGCCCGUUCGCCCCAAAACGGCCGAGUGGCUAGAAUGUCGCGGAACCUCAAACGAAUCGGACGCAAGUUGCCAAAAACGGACGGGAAAUUGGCCAAGGCUCCGAGUGAUUUUGGAUAAUAUUUCAUCCGAUUUUCUACCGAAAUACCCGGACAAGCGUGCACUUGUCGAUGUGUCGGGUUCGUCGAGCUAAUCGGAGAAACACUAUAAUUGUAUAGACAAAUGUGAAAUACAAAUGAAAAUUUCGCAAAAAUAUACGAAAUGUUUACAAGUGAAUCGUGUUACGAAUAGUGCACAGCAAAAUUAAUGAAGCAUUUAGUGCAAAAUAAAAUAAAUAGAUACUUAAGGAGCCUACCCUACAAACAUAUGUGGCAUUCCAUAUAAUUUAUCAUGUGUGUUGAUGAAAAUCAUUUGAGUUGUAUCCCCAAGAGCCUUCAGUCUUCCUUGUGAGAAGAAGAAAUUUGGUAUAUUUGAGGAAAACCUGUCAUGAAAUGUUCAUGUUCUAAUAAAUCACUAAAAACCAACGAUUUAAUUAAGAAUACUCCGGAAUAAUAAUACUCUAUUUCAUCAAAAGUAGUUUAACUUUAGUAGAACACAAAUAAUAUAUAAAUAAUCUACAAAUCUUUUAAGAAGCUACACUUAAUUAUAUCACACUUCUAUGAUAAUGACAACACUGAUGUCCUGGCAACAGGAUGCGGAUGCAACAUGGAGGCAGCUACCACAACGAGAACGGCAUAAACAACGACAACAAAGUGACAGGGUAAACAUAUCAGCGGCUUAUGAAGAUGGCAACGAUAAUAAAGACGGCAACAUCGAGGCGUUGCAUAAUCAAAGCAACACUAUCAAUGGCAUCUCAACAAAUUUUAGCUCUUCCGCUCAACGACAGCGCAAACCGCAACGACCCCAUCCCCCCGGCGGGCAGAAACCGCGAAUGUCCUCCGCAGCGUUCCACUCAUUUCCGGGCCUGGUCCUUGGCUUCCUCUUCAUUGCCGCUUUGGCAGUGUCUGCCGAUGAAUCUACUACAUCCACGGCAUCCAGUCCAUACACAAACGACACCGAUUAUUCAAUACUCUUUGGCGAAAGCACAACAGACAUGGUGGCUUCCCAGACCACAGGACUCCCGGGAGUUGGCUUGGAGCAGUUCGAGGAUGAGGAGGACGAGGAGGCCAGCGAAUACAUUUUCGACCGCACCGAUGUGCGCAUCAUAUUCAUAACUCUCUACUCAAUUGUCUUUUGCUGCUGUUUCUUUGGAAACCUGCUUGUCAUUUUGGUGGUCACUUUGUCGCGGCGACUGCGCUCUAUCACGAAUUUCUUUUUGGCCAACUUGGCGUUUGCGGACUUCUGUGUCGGCCUCUUUUGUGUGAUGCAGAACCUGUCCAUCUAUCUCAUAGACAGCUGGGUCUUUGGGGAGUUCCUUUGUCGGAUGUAUCAGUUUGUUCACUCGCUUAGCUACACAGCCUCGAUAUUCAUCUUGGUGGUUAUUUGCAUGGAGAGGUACUUUGCCAUCGUCCAUCCAAUAACUUGCAAGCAGAUUUUGACAGCGGCACGUCUGAGGAUGGUCAUUGUUACUGUUUGGAUAACGUCGGCGGUAUAUUCAACCCCGAAGUUCGUAUUCAGCAAGACCAUCAAGAAUAUCCACACCCAGGACGGACAGGAGGAGGAGAUCUGUGUGCUCGACCGUGAGAUGUUCAACUCUAAACUGCUGGACAUGAUCAACUUUGUGCUGCUCUAUGUAAUGCCACUACUGGUGAUGACAGUGCUGUACAGCAAAAUCGCCAUUGCUUUGUGGCGCAGUUCCCGCGGUCUUACGCCCCAUGUGGCACAGCAUCAGCAUCCGCAGCAGCAUCAGCAGCAGCAGCAAUCUGGACAGGACAAUGGCAUGGGCAUGCACAAUAGCAUGUACCACCACCAACAUCACCACCACCAUCACCAGCACCACCAUGUCCACGCACACCAACACCAUCAGCUGCCAUCGACGGCCCCAGUGGCGACCUCAGCGGCACCUGUCGGGGGCGGUGGCAGCUUGGCGGGGGUGACUGGCGGCCCUGGUGGAAGUGUGGGUGUGGGUAUGGGAGGCGGUGGUUCGUCACUCGCUUCCGCCGGUAGCAGCACCACGUCCUUGUCACGUAAACAGAGCAGUAAAUAUGAGAAGCGCGGCGUCAGCAUCACAGAGAGUCAGCUUGAUAAUUGCAAGGUUUCCCUGGAGGCCGAUCGUCCCAUUGUGAGCGCCUGCCGCAAGACCAGCUUCUAUCACCACGCCCACCACCAGCGGCUGGGUCAUUCCGGGGGCGGCAGUGGCGGAGGCGUGGGCACCGCCGGAGCCACCCACAUGUCCCACUCCUCCAGCAACGUGCUGCGCGCCCGCCGUGGCGUCGUCCGUAUGCUGAUAAUAUUCGUGCUGACGUUCGCUCUCUGCAAUUUGCCGUAUCAUGCCCGCAAAAUGUGGCAGUACUGGUCACGUUCAUAUCGCGGUGAUUCCAAUUUUAAUGCGCUGCUAACGCCGCUCACCUUUCUGGUCACGUACUUCAAUUCGGGCGUAAAUCCCCUGCUCUACGCCUUCCUGAGUCGCAAUUUUCGCAAGGGCAUGAAGGAGCUCCUCCUCUGCUCCUGGAAGAAGGGCAAGGGCAAGUCAUCAUCGAACUCCUCGAUGCAUCACAAGCGCAAGGCGCUGCAGACUCACUCCCUGCCCACGGACACCACCCACAUUGGGAACGAGCAACUCUGAUGGCCAAGCUGUUGCAGGAAGCCCCUCAAGCUCUUCGGACGACGCCCAUAAACGCGACGCGGUCCAUCCAAUAAGUGGCAUCUACUUCUGGUCCGUUUAGUCGUUAGGUAGCCCUUAAUUGUGAUUUUCUGAGAAGCCUGCUGCAUGGAUUGGAUUUGCCACUGAAUCGAAGAUAUCCCGCUUAGAACCCAGUCAGAUGAUUAAAAAAAAACUCACACACACGCGAAGGAGCCAAAGGAAACCGACCUAGUAUUGAUUAUCGCUUGAAUGUUUGCAUGCAUCUCCGGGAGCAUGGCUCUGCAAACUCGUCAAGUUUUUAGUUUAAGAUUUUAAUGUAAGCAUGAUUUCACAUGGAAAAAAAUAAUAGUAAUAAAUCAAGCUCAAGAAUCA